UGGAGCUGCUGAUAUGCCAUGUAUGUCAUGUCGUCCAGGCCAGAGUGUAGUAUCACUAGUACCUGCCAUCACGUGGCUAGGGCAAUACAACUGGGGACAUGACCUCAUCAAAGACAUCAUCUCUGGUUGCACUGUAGCUGUCAUGAAUAUACCCCAGGGUAUGGCUUAUGCACUUCUUGGGAACGUGCCCCCUGUUGUUGGAAUCUACAUGGCUAUAUUUCCAGUUUUGGUUUACGCAUUCCUAGGAACUUCAAGGCAUGUAGCAAUGGGCUCGUUUGCGGUGAUAUGUCUGAUGACUGGCAAGGUAGUGUCUCAACACUCGUAUGCUGGAGGUGCGUUGUCUCUAGUUGCUGCUAACUCCACCAGUCCUACGGUCACGGAGUUGCCCCAGUAUGCCCCCAUGGAGGUGGCAACUGCCGUCACAUUCAUGGUUGCCAUGUAUCAAUUAGCGAUGUACCUGUUCAGGAUGGGAGUAAUGUGUUCCCUUCUAUCAGACACCCUGGUGAAUGGGUUCACUGCUGGGGCAGCCAUCCAUGUCUUCACUUCCCAGAUUAAGGAUCUUCUUGGGAUGAAAAUCCCUAAAUACAAUGGAAACUUCCAAAUCAUAUAUACUUACAUUGGAAUAUUUAACAACUUAUCAACAAUCAAUGUGGCAGCUGCUUUGAUAUCUUUGUUCACAGUUUCAUUCUUAAUAUUUGACAAUAAAGUUAUUAAGCCCUGGGUCAGUAAGAGGUCCGUGUUCCCAGUCCCUGUAGAGCUGAUUGCUGUCAUGAUUGGAACAAUUGCCUCAACAUGUUGGGACUUGCACAUUAAAUACAACCUAACUACAGUCGGCCACAUCUCUGUCGGACUCCCAGAGUUCCAUGCCCCGAACUUCCAGCUACUCCCUACAGUGGCUCUGGACAGCUUUGUGAUUGCACUCAUUGCUUAUAUAAUUACAAUGUCUAUGGCGCUAAUUUUUGCACAAAAAAUGAAUUACGAAGUGAAUGCUAACCAGGAGCUUCUAGCCCAGGGCACAGGUAAUCUGUUGGGCUCUUUUCUCUCUUGUAUGCCUUUCGCAGCGUCUUUGUCUCGCAGUAUGAUCCAACACACUGUGGGAGGUCGCACACAACUAGCAAGCAUCAUCAGUGCUACUAUCCUUGCUGUUGUGCUUCUGUCCUUUGGUCCAGUAUUUGAGCCUUUGCCGAGGUGUAUUCUGGCCAGUCUGAUCAUAGUGGCCUUGAAGGGAGUUCUUCUCCAAGUGAAGGAUGUUGUCAAGAUAUGGCAGAUGUCGGCGCUGGAUGGUAUAGUUUGGAUCUGCACAUACAUCGCAGUCAUCGUGAUUGAAAUAGACAUUGGGCUGCUAGUGGGUCUUAUUAUCUCUAUCCUUACCAUUCUCUUCCGUGGGCUGAGACCCUACAUAUACAAACUCUCUCGACUCCCCAAUACAGAUAUUUAUGUGGAGAGUGACAGAUACGGGAAGGUUGAAGAUAUAAGUGGUAUCUGUAUAAUCCACUAUGCUGGAGGACUAAACUUCGCUAAUAGGGGGUGUUUUAGGAAGGAAAUAAAAAAAGUUAUGAAUAGAUGGCCUACCAAAGAUAAGAUGCACUUGAAACAAUUAAAUCAAAUCAAGAGUAAUAAAGUUUCACCAAUAGAAAUUGAACAGGAGGUACAAUAUCUAGUCCUGGAUCUGACGGGGAUGCAGUACGUGGAUCCUUCUGGAGCUGGAGUGCUGCAGAGUCUUGCCUCUGAGUUGUCUGAGAAUUCCCAGUACCUGUAUCUAGCCGGAGCUUCUGGACCAGUGUAUGAAGUUCUACAGAGAUGCAAUAUUUUCGAAGCACCCAAUAUUUUGUGCUUCCCUACGAUUCACGAUGCAGUAAUUUAUGCUCAGGCUAAGCUACCCAAAGUGAUUCAUAGCAUAAGACUGUAGGAAAAUUAGUCAAACUAAGGCGGGUUAAACACAUAGGUAUGCAUCUUGCACAGUGCGAAAGACUAGCAUUUUUGAUGCCAGUAGCAUUGUGGGAGAUGCAUGCACGCUGCAUGGUCGUGGCACCUGCUAGUAGCAAGAUGAGAGAGGUGAGGCUUUUUGGCGCUAAGUUCAUUGGAAAAUGUCAACGUUGUCAUCGGUUGAUGAAAUGCUGUAAGGUAAAUAAAAUAUUGAGUACCCCCUUAUUGGCUGCAAAAUGUUGAAAGUAGCCAAUACAUGAUGAUCCAGAGAAGUUCCAGAAGUUGUACCCCAUGAAUCAAGACACAUUUAUAAAAUACGUGACCUUAGAGACCACUGUGACAAAAAAAUAGUAGAUAGCGUAAUUCUGUGUGUGUUAGGAGCGACUCUCACAGUUCGCAGUAUGUUGUAUGUGAAUGAAUACAUAUGAGUUUUGCAAUAGCCAUGUGACUUGAAAUGUGUUCUGCACAUGCUCCAACCGAAGAUGAACGCUGCACGCUUGCUGCACGAUGCUGGUAGCACCGUGCGAGUCACAUAUGUGUGUGCAGGCUCCAAUUGAUUAACACAGCUUGGUCUUCAAGCUGCAUGCUAGUAGCAAGAAAAAUGCUAGUCGCACCGUGCGAGAUGCAUAUGAGUGUAACCGGCCUAUGUUACUGCAAAAAUACCUAUUCUGUGUAUACACCAUUUAUUUGAGAAAGGAUACCUGUCAAAAGAUAGUAAAGGUUUUAGUAAAAUAUUAAAAUGAUGAUAAACAUAAAGAGGUUGUCAUUUUAUUUCAAACAUAUUUUUCACACAUUUAAUAUAGUGUGACAAUUUAUACACAUAUACAUUUUACUAUUUUGUCUCCAACCUCACUUGUCCAUAAACAGUUGAAUGUACAUUGUCAGUGUUAGUUUUUACUACUCAGUAGGAGUGGUUUGUUUAAAGUAAACCUGAAUGAAAUAAUUGCUAAACGUACUCUACCAUUAGCCAUAUGUCAUAUAGCCUAUCAUAAAAUGUUUCUAAAUGUACGUAAUAUACAAUACUUUUGUUGAAAUAAAUUUAAGUCUUUAGGACUUUCAUAGUAAUCAGUACAGGCAGAGGGUACGGUAGAAGAAGAGAUAGAGUUUCCUUUUAUAUUUAUGUAAAACAAACAUUGUGUAUUAUGGGGAACUUGCAUAGCGAGAAGGCCGGUAAUAUUUGUCCAAAAUAAUAUUGUGUACCCUGUUUUAUGGGAUGAUAUUAGUAUUAUCAGAUAACAAAUUACAAAUACAAAUAAUAUUUAAUAAGGAUCAAUGUAAUUAGUUCCAAGGCAAGGUGUUGGUAAUACUUGACUCUACUAUGUGAUAAAGACGGUUCUACUUCUUCUUCUACCUCUACCUCAUCAUUGUGUAACUCCUAGUCAACUAAUUAAUAAUUAUUUCAACUAUUCAAGUCAUCAUGACUAUGCCUAAGUCUAACUGUUCUGUUAGUAGCUUAUAAGAAAAACUGUAUAUCUUUGUAUCUACUUUGAACAUUAUGAACACUUUUGAUUUAUAAGCAAUUUUUUUAUCAGAACAGUUACCUACUUUGUAUAGAUGUAAAAACUGAAAAUUAUUAUAGUAAGUAAAAGUUUAUAUGAUCAAAAUCAACUAAAUUACAUCUCUUACUACUAUAGAACAAUGAAAAAUAUUACUAUGGUACUCGGUCAUGUUGUAAUAUUAAUUAAAAAUAUGUUUUGUCUGUUUUUAAAGUAAACAUAUUUUAUAAUGUAAAUAUUAAAAUAGCUUUUAAAUA